AUGGCUGAGCGGUGGCAUAAUUCUUCCUCUCACAGCAAUUUAAAAAUGUCCCCAUUUCAAGCUCUAUAUGGCUAUGCUCCUCCACAAUUCUUUUCUGAUAAUUUAGCUGAGAUUUCAGUGAGGAAGGUUGAGGAUUGGGUGUUACAAAAGCAGAGAAUAAUGGAAUUCUUGAGACAAGUUUCUGUGAGAGCAAGGAAGCAUGCUAAGCCGUCUGCUAAAUUUUUUGGGACUUAUAAGAUUGUGCAAAAGGUGGGAGCAGUGGCCUAUCAAUUUCAAUUACCUGCUGAUGUACUUAUUCACAAUGUGUUCCAUGUGUCUUUGUUAAAACACAAAUUAGGGGUUGAUAGAGUUGUUCAAUCUGCAUUACCUUCCUUGGAUUCACAAGGCCAAUUUUCGGUCAAACCUUUGGCCGUGUUGGAUACAAGAUCCUUAAUUAAGGAUGGAAGAGCAGCACAACAGGUUCCUAUUCAAUGGAAUUUAUUAAGUGUUCAAGAUGCUACUUGCGAGGAUAAGGAUUUCAUAUUGCACCAAUUUCAAGAUUUCAUUCUUGAGGACAAGAAUGUGCUUGCAAGGGAGGAUAAUGUUAGGAUUGGUGUUGCUAAGUGA